CUUUGUGGAUGGGCACUGGCUGCACCGUGGAGAAAAACGUGCAGCAACUCUGCUGUGAGCGUUGUCAGUGUCAGUGACAAACAAACCGAGACCCACAGGGCUGUUUGUACAGACGCUGCAGUAGCGGAUAAAUAGAGGGAUUCAUAAAGGGAAUGUGGCAUGCAUUAAUUUGUGUGUGCAGAUAUUUGGAUGUUUCUGAGGAAUAAAAAGUGGACUGCUGCUGCUGAUGGUGGUGGAGCUGCGGGCACACUGAGGCUGGGCUCUGACUUGUGACUGGCUGCAUUGUUGCAUGUUUCCUGGGAUGGAAUAAUUCUCCUCUUCAUUCAUCAAAGGAAUAAUUGAUAAACUCUUCUUUUCGCUCCUCAUGGUUCUUGAAGGCAGAGAGAUGGACGGGAUCGGGAACACCAUGCAGAAGAAGGCUGCAGAGCUGGAGCGGCUGGCCGAGGUGCUCGUCACCGGAGAACAGCUGAGGCUGCGGCUCCACGAGGCCAAGGUGAUCAAGGAUCGGCGGCAUCACCUGCGAACCUACCCAAACUGCUUCGUUGCUAAGGAGCUCAUUGAUUGGCUAAUUGAACACAAGGAGGCCUCAGAGCGAGACACGGCCAUCAAGAUCAUGCAGAAACUUUUAGACCAGAGCAUCAUUCACCACGUGUGUGACGAACACCGGGAGUUCAAAGACCUGAAGUUGUUUUACCGCUUCCGGAAAGAUGAUGGCACGUUCCCUUUGGACAGUGAAGCCAAAGUCUUCAUGAGGGGCCAGAGGAUCUACGAGAAAUUGAUGAAUACAGAAAACAAUCUGUUACAAACCAGGGAGGAGGAAGGGGGGGCAUUUGAGCGGACACUGGUGGCCUCUGAGUUCAUCGACUGGCUGCUGCAGGAGGGGGAGAUGGCAACCAGGGAGGAGGCGGAGCGUCUGGGGCGGAGGCUUCUUGAACAUGGCAUCAUCCAGCACGUCACCAACAAGCAUCACUUUGUCGACGGGCCCCUUCUCUUCCAGUUCAGGAUGAAUUUCCGGCGGCGACGGCGAUUGAUUGAACUCCUUCACGAACGAGGCCGCAGCAUCCCCGAGAGUCACGACAGCCCCUUCUGUCUCCGCAAACAGAACUCAGAUGGAGGCAACACCAGCUUCCUCUCAGUGAGUCCCACUAAAGAGAUAAAGGUGGCGGUCGGGGUUCGGCGGAGCAGCAUGAGCAGCAGCUGUGGCAGCAGUGGUUAUUACAGCAGCAGUCCUACACUCAGCAGCAGCCCACCUGUCCUCUGCAACCCCAAGUCUGUUCUGAAAAGACAAGUGAGUCCAGAGGAGCUGCAGACACCAGGAGGACCUUUUCUGAAGAAGACAUUCACUAUUGUAGGCGAUGCUGUGGGUUGGGGCUUUGUGGUGCGAGGCAGCAAACCCUGUCACAUCCAGGCUGUGGACCCUGGUGGACCUGCAGCAGCUGCUGGCAUGAAGGUUUGUCAGUUUGUGGUGUCGGUGAACGGACUGAACGUCCUCUCUCAGGACUACCGGGCUGUCAGCAACCUGAUCCUAACUGGACCCAGGACAAUCGUCAUGGAGGUGAUGGAGGAGGUAUAAGUUUGAGGAGAGCUAUGACAGAAUCAUACGUAGAAGAGUAGUGCAGUAAUACCGUGGGGACUAGAAGGUUUAGUACUUGACCUCAAAACUGCAGUGACAGAGCAACGUGGACAACUUGAAUCAUAACUCACACUCUCUCUGUCCUAACAUUGUUUGGACAAGGUGCACUACUGAGAGAUCGGGCGUGUUUUAAGGAUGUGGGUGAUUCAACCUGUGGACAGCACAGCCUGUGUACUUGAUUUCUUUUUCUUUGAAUUUAAAGGCGCACACAUAAAAGAGGGAAAGUGCAAGAGCGACCAUUUCUUCAGGUGGUUAUCCAACUGCUUCACUCAGCUCACAAAGACUCUCAGUCCUAAUGAAGAAGCCCCGGACUUCAUGAGUGUUUUCGGGUUUUGAAGCGACCUGUAUAAUGAAUCUGUUGCUGAACAUGAGAGUGUUUAAAAGACGUCAAAGGAUCAUUAGAAUCAGACAAACAACUUCAAACUGAAACGAUAAGGAAGAAUAUUUCAUGUGACCUCUCCCUCAGUUCGUUUCCAACCUGAAGUUCCUGAUGGCUCAACACUGCCCUCUGCUGUGACAGACGGGAAGACACAACAGCAAGGGAUCAUUUAUACUACAGUUACUUAGAUCAUAUGUGUGUUUGGUUUCUGGGUGUUUUAAUCGUUUGUUUUCCUUGGCAACCACCGUGUUAAAUGUAAAAGAAUAUCCUAGCCUCUUUGUGUGGAAAAAAAAUUAACAACUAAAUUAAUGCCCAGAUAGAUUUAUGUGUAGCUGCUAGGAAUAAAUUAGUUUACAUCUUAAAAAUGCAGUGAUAAACUGUAUGUGACAAUAACAGGCACAAUGUAUAUAGAAAAGUUACGAAAGACUUAACGCACAAACUGAAAAAGUCCUGCUUUAGAAAAAAAAUGGCGUUUAUUGGAUUAGUUGUAUUAUUGUACAAACUAAAACAAGCUACAGCACUGAUCUUUUUUUUUAACAUGAGCUGUGAUAUGCAGACCAGAAACUUCCACAAUGACAUAAGAUGUCAUUAUUUGUUUAAAAGAAUUUCUUUGUUAUACUUACUGUAAAAUACAAUAAGGACAUUUUUGUAAGAGAACAAAAAACAAAAAAACAAAAAAAAGGUCUGGAUGUGUGCUUCAUACCAGUGGCAAUGCCAAAUAAUUAUAAGAGUCGUGUUAUACCAAACAGAUUUAAUUUGGUAGUAACAUCCGCCCACAGUGGAUUCAGUUGACUUUAGAAAUAAAAUUUGUAUUUUGAUGUUUGAAGAAUAUUACAGGGUAGAAUGACUACAUGGGCACUUGAGCUAUUAUACAUUUGUUUUUAAUAUACAGCAGCACUUAGGUGACAAAGCUUUCUUAUUUUAAACAAUUUUCAUGUAUAUGUAUGCACACUCACACACACACACACACAUUGUGUAUAUAUAGGGUUAUGGACCCUGGAAAAAGCUCUUUUAAUGCUGUGAGAACCAUAAACAAAAUGUAUUUCACCUUCAGUGUACUGGAGAGGCAGCAGAGAACCUGCACACGUUUUCUUGUCCUUUUAAAACUCUUAAAACUCUCCUUAAGUUAACUGCAUUAAAGCGGGGCUGAGGCUUAGAUGAAUAGAUUUGUAUAUCGUUAACCUCCAGAAUUAUAACAUCAGAAUUUCCUGUAUGUUUAUAGACUGUGCCUCAUGUGUUUAGAGAUACUAGCAUGAGAAAAUCACAUUUAAUGCUAUAUGAUAAUAAAAAGAAGAGCAUGGAUAAGUGAUGCUCGUGCCGUACGUGUCAGUAAUCCAUGGUUGACUCAUGAGUUAACACUUGUUUACUUUGUUUUUAAGCAAAUAACACUGCCUGGUUUCAUUGGAAGUGUAUUUACUUUAGUCCAGAGGUGAAUUAUUAUUAUUACUAAAAGACUAAAUGCAAGGUGAACAUACUAUAUAUUCAGGAAAUCUUUAUUGCCAAACAGUAGAAAGAACACACUCUCUCUAUAUAUAUCACAGAAACCUGCCUCCACAUGUCUGAAGUGACUUAUUCAGUGGACUUAUUAUUGGUUUUUCUCAAUGUGCUUCGAUGUUGUGAGCAGUGAAAUGCAUGAUUCCUGUUAGUCUGUGCUUAUGUAGCUUCUAAUCCAAAGCACUUAUUCAGUCUGUUGACUCGUAGAACUGAGUUAUCUGACAAAUCAUUUCCAAAGUAAAGUAGAUAUGAGCCUUUGUUUCCACUUUCUGCACCACUCUCCCAUUUCCAGGAGAAAGAUAACAGAACAAAGAAAUCCUCAACUGUGUCGAUGAGAAGAAUAUUUUUGAGCUCUUUGAGAUUUUCUGUUAAACAUUCAAGACAUUUUGUCUCAGUUGUUGAUCUCAAAACUUUCCACUCCUGUGGUUGGAUGAUGCCAUAUACUGUUUUAAUACUACCUAUGUGAAGUUCAUGGAUAUUUUAUUGAUAUAUUAUGGACCGAAGAUGCAAAAAUUUCAAUAUUCUUUGAUAUUUUUCCAGGUUUUAUUUCGGUGGAUUUUUCCACACAGACAGACAUUCAGCAGGUAACUUAUCAAAAAUCACUUCUUAUCCCAAACAUGCAGACAUUUUUGAAUAAAGAGUGUUCAUCAGUCAGCUGUAGAGAUGUUGCAGUCGAUAUAUAUACAUUGAACAUGGGUUCAGUUUUCUUUAAAAACUUGUCUACCUGCAGUUUUUAACACAGUAUUUGUUCUUUUAACUGUGUCUGGAAGAGAUCUGGCUGAAGGGUUUUGUGAUUUUGUGAAAGGAGAAGAAAAAUGCUGCCUGUUUUGCAAGGGCACAAAUGUUUGAGUGAGUUUUGGGAAGUAGAAAUAUGCAGAAGUGAGGCAGAAGUGUUUCACAUUUAUUAAAGUCGUGAAGGAAGGUUUUUUUUGUUUGUUUGUUUGUUUGUUUUGUGGUCACAGCUGGCUGAAAUGGGUUCACUGACUGUUCAACAAUAAGCUUGAAAGCAUUUGCCUUAAGACCUUAUUUUGCUGCUAAUCACAGUUGGUGGUAAUCUAAUCUCUUGUUCUGUUCCCAGCUCUGUCAUCUCCGACUUUGUGUAUAAAACCUCUUUGUUGUAUCCUGUGAUCACGCCUCAGUUCUAUUGACAAUCAGUGUUUUCAUGGACACCGCCACAGCAGUUUCAAAAGCAAUGAUCUGACAGAAUGUAUUUCACCGCCAUCUUCUACAUUGUGCUGUUGUCAGUUUUAUACUUCACUUUUAAUGAUUGGUUCUCUUGUUUUAAUUAAAGGGAUUCUGCUUUAUGUUCACCUCAUGAGGCCGGAGUAACAUUUUCAGCAGGUACAGCUAUCUGUUUAUUGAUUUCACCUCUAUCAGAGGAUGGAUGUUGGGUUUGACGACUAUAUAAGCUCACAGUACCACAGUCUGUUUUUGACGAAGCAGCUGAAGCUGAUGUUCUGUUGUAUUAAACAGUUGAUUAAGUGUUUAAUAAACAAACUGGUUAUA